UGGGCAUAAGUACCUGUAGCUUCUGACCUGCUCAUAUGUACCCAAUCCUUUAGUUGGUGUCCCCACCGAAGCUCAACUCUGGCUACGUCUUUGGCUGGAUUCUGCUACGAUUAACGACCAACAUUUCCCUCUAUUUGCACGCCGCAAUGGAAGAAUCCGAGCCAUCAGUAAGGUAUUCAGUUCAGACACUGAACCGAGUGACUCUGGAUUACGAACCAUGUUGUUUGGAGUUUUGGGAUACCACCCAUUUUGUGGUGGGAUAUUAUCAUCUCGACAAGCAAGAUGAAGACAAUGAAGAGCAUGGAAAGGCGCAAGUUCGAUCGGGCGCCAUAGAUAUCAUGAAGAUUAUUGGGUCUGAGGGCGAUAUACAGUAUCUAGAAAGAGUGGCCUUCAAUACCUCCAGCGUUCUUGACCUCCAUUUCCAAGAGUCGUCGAAUCGUGUUGAAGGGUCAGACCCCAUCCUCGUCGCCGCUCUAUCAACCGGUAGUCUCGUCUCGUAUAAGCUACGUCAAACCACCAAAUCAUCAACCGAAACCCGUUUUCAAGAACAGACCUUCCAUCAAGUUGCGCCACCAACCAUCUUGGUGACCGCAUUCCAAUUCCACACAGAUCCGAACAUCAUCUGUGCAGCAUUGUCGACUGGAGAAAUAAUCCUUUGCGUGCUCGAUCUCUCAAGUCCAGCGAUCAGCCCGGAAAGUGAACCGCGUAGUGUAGACUAUCGCGACACCGAGAAGCUCAUGACGAUAUGUAACCAUGAUCUCGAAGCAUGGUACGUCGUGCCGUCCAUAGACGGAAUAUCAGUUCUAUCAGGAGGAGAUGAUGCGACGUUUCGGGUCAGUGACUGCAGUGGUUUCCUUGCCGCACAUUCCGACGGAGACAAAUUCAGCGUAGGCGCACCGGUACAACGAGUGGACAGACGGAUCCAUCAAGCAGGAGUCACGGUGAUUUAUCCCUUGUCGAAAUCCAUCAUGUUAACAGGGAGCUACGAUGAUCACAUCCGAGCGGUUUCCGUGCCGUCAGUGGGCCGACCCACCGUUCUCACGGAACUGGACCUCGGAGGAGGAGUCUGGAGGCUUCAAGAGCUUUCACGCACGCAACACCGCCCAAUGGACGCCUCGAAUGACCGUGUUUCGUGGGUGGUUCUGGUCAGCUGCAUGUACGCCGGUGUCCGUGUCGUUGAGAUUAAACUCGAAAAUGACAUAUGGAGCAUCGAUGUCCUUGCACGGUUCGAGGAGCAUAAGAGCAUGAACUAUGCCAGUGCAGCUAUUCCGAGCGCCGACGGCCAUCUUUGGAAAGAAGAAGGAGGAGCGGAGUUCGUUUCCACCAGCUUUUAUGAUAAGCUCCUAUGCGUAUGGAGAACGGGCCCGCAGGAUGGAAAUCGGUGUGCCACUAUAUCUGCUACGGGAACAUGA